CUACAACGCAUCAAAGUGGACACCAUCAAUGUGUGCAGGUCAAUUCACGCACACACGCACACACUUACACACACAUAGAUACGCCUAGUCGCAUUCUUUACAUUUACGACUCCAUGGUGCAGAAGGAGUGAAGUAGAGAAACUGGCUUUACUGGUUCUGUCAGAGUACAGUGUUCUAGCUGAGAUCACUGCACUCUGACCGACGACUCCAACUCAGGAUUCCAACUCCCUAGCACAGGACUGGGGCUCUCUCCCACAUACAGGUUAAAAUACAUGAAAGUCACACCCACUGCUCCAUCUGAACUUGCUCCAGGAAUGAGAAAUGGAAUUUGCAUGUAAACAUGUCUACGUACCACCACCGAUUGAGAAACCUAAACGUUCAGCCCUACUACCCCCUGUGAAAAAGGUCCGUCCACGCACCCCCCCUCCACCUCCUCCUACUCCCCUCAAAGAGCUGGUCGGCCCCCUGUCCCCGUCUUCAGCGUCCCCCAACACUCUCCAGGUGGACCAGCCCCCACCCCAUCUACGCCCCCGCUCAGCUCCACCUUCUCCCAGGUUAAGGUCAUCCCCCUCCAGUCCCCCGGCUGUAGAGCCCAGGGUCAGCCCAGGCCUUGCCAAAGGCCAGCAAGUACAGGAAGAGCGUUACUGCUCCGUUCUACCAGGGCACGAAGUGGACCAGACACGUCGCUUCAGCUCCCCAGAGCACCCCAGAACCCAUCCUCUCAUAGGCCCUCCUCUUCCUCCUCGCCCUGCCUUCCUGACAAAGUUCCCAGUGAACACCGAGGUCUUCCCCUCAACCUCCCCACUCUCCCCCAACUCUGAAGGUCCUCCUAGAACUCCUUGCCCUUUCCCACCAUCAGGCCCUACAGACAAGCAGCCGCUGCCAGGCAACCCCAACGUCAUACUAAUAGACUUGGAUAAAAUUGUAACAGACACAAAUAACAGGUUCAUUGAUGGAGAGCCCCCAGCAUGCCCUGCAUGUGGUUCAGUGCUGGAUACCUGCUAUGACAAUGUGGUGGGGUCCUGCUACUUCUGCCAGUCCUGGGAGACGUCCGGUGCCGAUCCCCCCAUUUCCCAGCCCUGCUCCUUCUCGGCUCCCUAUGAGGACAACCUCUUCCUGCUGACCCCUGACCAAGAGGCCCAGGCCCCUGACACGCUCCUCGUGUUCUGCAUCGACAUCUCUGGAUCCAUGAGCAUAACCUCCAGGGUACAAGAAACUGACGGACUGGUCUACAAAUCACGUCUGGAGUUUGUGCAGGAGGCUCUGCUCCAGUGUGUUCGGGAUCUCAGUCGGACCGAGCACAACACCCGAGUGGCUCUGGUCUCCUUCAAUAAUGAGGUUACAAUGCAUGGACAUACCAAUGUGAUCUCCUGGAGAAUAGGUGGAGAUGACUUAAUAGAGGGUGAAUUCUUAAAGAAUGCAGGCCUCACCUUUCCAACGCCACCCCCAAUCAGUGAAGCAUGGGAUGGCUUUCAAGCAGAGAUUUAUGGGCUUCAAGAAGGUGGAGCCACAGCGUUAGGUCCUGCUGCUGCUGUUGCCAUAGGAAUGGCCUCUCAGAUUCCAGGGUCAAAGGUGCUGAUCUGUACAGAUGGCAGGGCUAACACUGACCUGGGGGACCUGGAGGCGGAGGACAAGGACUCCUGCACACUUGUCUCCUCCAGCAUCUUCUACAAGGACUUGGGAGAGUACGCCGCCAGCAAAGGGGUGACCGUGUCAGUCAUGUCUUUUGAGGGGACAGAUUGCAGGUUGGAUGAACUGGGUAGACUGGCAGACUGCACAGGAGGAGAGGUGGUCAUUUCCAGCCCUGAGAAGCUCUACAGUGCAUUUCACAGAGUGAUUGAGAACAGAACCAAGGCUACACACUGCACUGUCACUCUGCUGCUGCCCACCACACUAUGUGUGAAAGGGGAAAGGGAGAUGGGGCAUUGUGUGGUCAGACAGGUUGGGAAUGUGAUGCCACAUACUGAGCUCACUCUCCAGUUUGGACUGAGAGACCAGAAGGAACACAGCCAAGUUCUCUUGUCUACAGGGAGUGUAUGUAUACAGCUUCAGGUGAAGUAUAGGAUGAGGGAUGGACUGAGAAUGCUCAGAGUCAUCACCAUGCACAAGGAGGUCACCAGCAACAGUUCUCUGGUUCUGUCCUCUGUCUCUCUCUCUGUGCUGCAUCUGAACUCCGUUCAGAACAGUGCCGCUCUGGCAGUGAGGGGACGACUCCGGGAUGCUCAGAAAGAGCAAGAGACGCAGGCAGAACUGAUACAGCGAGCUGUUGAAUUUCAACAGAAUUCUGGAUAUGAACUGAUAUAUCCUGAAUGGGUGAAAGCCAUGAACCCACUAAACAACAUCUACAACUAUACGCGGGGAAAUCCAGUUUCAUCCUUGAACUCAAAAUCCCUGACUGAUAAAGGAGCGGCCCUGCUCUUCGGACUGAAACAUGGCAACAGGAUGUCCAUCACACCCAGGGGCAGAGAUAGAACCCUCUCUGAUCAGUGAAAUGGGUGAUGCAACUGAUCUGUUCUUGUUGUUAGAACCAGAAAAGUAUUGGAAAACAGGCCAUAUAAAUGCCAUGGUUCACACAUGGGUUUCACUACCCAGAUGUGUGUUUGCUACAUGAAAUGUCUAUGACAGUGUGCCGACUGGACAAUGUCAUCAAUCUGCAGCUGGCAGUGGACCGUCAGAGGGACAUUGUGUGAUUGUGUGCUGGCACACAAAUGCUAGAUCAUGUAAAGUCAUUCUUACUCAGACAGCACAACCCUCACUUCACACUGACCAUAUAUCUAAUUUCCCCCCAAAAUAUUUCCUGUGUUCAAUAUGUUUAUUUGGAAGUGCAAUAAAUAUGAUAUCUGAACAAUAA